AUCUCGCAUAGGCGGUAUUUUGGGCCUGUAUCUAGUGCCGUCUACUAGGGUUCACCUAUAUAUGUCAUCCGGACAGCGUAGGGCGAAUUCCAGUAAGUCCAGGCGAGCGCGACAUUUAGCAUUUCGACUUCGGCUCCCGCUCGAGUUCAUGCCCGGAAAUCAUUCAGGGACCUUAUUGUAUGUCACAUGAUAACAUUUCGGCAAUCUAGGGCAUUGGACACACGCAGUCCCUAGGGACUUGCCGGAGUGGUACCCGCGUGGCUAGGGCUCUCUGGGAUGGCGCCUGAUGGCGCGUGAGGCUGGAGAAGAGUCGGCUUGCAGUGGUAGGACAGCGCAACGCGCGCGCACGGCUUAUUCCCCAUGGUGAAUACAUCGGGUUGGAGGCGCGGUGCGAGAGCGGGACAACAGAUGUGCCAGCCCGGCACCUCCCGGCAAGACAGACGAUGGGGGCGGAUGGGGGCAAGAGGAGAACACAGAGGCACGAACGCGAAACGGCAUUUGUACCUAAUGGGGCGCUAGAGCAUCAUGUUUCAGGCUGAAGUGUUCGUUACACUUGGUCUAUAAUGAAUUUAGGCUAGGGCGCGAGAGGUGUGCAAAUGGAGCUCUCACUUUGCGGGAAGGAGCUAAGGCGGAUGCUGCUGCAACUGUAUUGCUUCUUGAGCUGCAGUGGUAUGAGUUAUGUCGCUCGCUGCGCACUACUGGCUGGGUUGGUCGCGUUAUGCGCCUUGGCUGUUUUCGCGUCUCUCCUAGCGCGAGACGGCAAGCUCUCAGUGUUUUCAGUUGAUGUAUUGCUUCAGGCCGUCGGAGGAGUGCUUGUGUCGUUUGCAGCGAUGGUAUUGGGCGGCCAGCUGGUGUCAGCCCAGGGCUUGUGCAGGAGCCGCAUCGCCGUGAGGGAGACGCGACAGGCGAGUAACCGUACGGACGCAUCAGCUGCCUGCGGCGAGCGCUCAGGCUGCCGGAGCUGCGAAGCAAUACCGCAGCCGCUCCCGGCCUGCACCCUAGCCCAUGGCUUGUCAUAUUCAGAACCUGGCCCUGACCACGAGCAACCAGCAAGGCUGCAAGGCACCAAUGAUCCCGGCGCCGCGUCCGGAUGCGGGCCACGUUGCGGCUACAGGUGCACAGCCCCCGCCGCGACGCACGGCAUACACAGCGGCAAUCCCGAACAACCCAUCGUGAGCGGGGCGCUGGGACCUUCCGCAAUCGGGACGCGGGACGCCAUGGCAGCCGCAGGCAGUGCUGCAGCAUCGGGGCCGGGACUCGCAGCGCCAUUGCCCGGCGCCGGCACCGCGCCACACGCCAUCGUCGACGCCGCCGAAGCCUGCCCGCCAUCGGAAGGUCCGGUCGCAGCCCUGCACCUGGCACGGCAAAUGCUGCAGGUGCGGCGAGACAAGGCGGCGCCGACAGGUGCGGCGGCAGCGGCGGCGGCGGCGACCGAGUCAGGCACGAGGCCUACCCGGACGCUCCAGGCGGCUGGUGUGCAGGUGCCGAUGUACCAGACCAGCAGUGGGGUCCGCCGCGCGGUGGGCGAGUACCGUGGCUGGUGCGGCUCCCUCAAUGUGUCCGUCAAGGUGUCUGACCACGCCGGCACCUUUGAGCAGUACAGCACGGGCCUGGUCGGCGUGGCGCCGCGGCUGGUGGGGCACGCCAUGUCGCUGCCCGCCGCCGGCGUGGGCGGCGCAUCUGGGUCGGCGCCGCACGCAGUCACCGCGCUGCCGGCGCCGCGCAUGGGCAAGGGCAGUGUGGCGCUGGUGCGGGCCGCCUGCGUGCGCGGCUGCACACUGCUGCUCACCUGGAGCCGUGUGCUGGAGGAGGAGGCGGCCGAGGAUCCCGCUGACGGGGACGACGGGGCGCCUGCCGCGACCGCUCAAGGCGGCGGCGGCGGCGGAGCGGCUGACCAGCCGGCGCCAGCGGCGCCGCAAGCAGCGCAGAUACAGGGCAACGGUGGGGGCGAGCUGGCGCAGCAGCCGGGCCCCGCGGCUGUGGGCGACGCAGCAGGGCCAUCUGCCAGCGCACCGGCGGCGCUGCUGGCGCUCAGUUCGCCGGCGCCGCCUUCGGUUAGCUCUGUGCAGGCGCAGGUGGGGUCCACAUUGGUGCGUUGGGCUCGCCAGGCGGACCGCGAGCGGGAUGCAGCGGCGGAACGGCACAGCCACGGGCGCGGUGGCAGCGCGUCCGCGGCAGACGCAGCUGGCAGCGGCGGCGCAGCCAUCGCACUGUCCGGCGCGAUGCGGGCGGCUGAUGUGGAGCGCGGCGCCGCGCUCGCAGGCGAGGAGGCAAGGUUGUACGGCGCAGUGCCCGAGAUGUUGCCGGUGCAAGAGGUGGUGCGGCUCGUGCAUGUCAGCCCACCAGCGCUGGCGUGGCCCGUCAUUCGCGGCAGCGGCAGCGGCGGCGCGGCGGGCAUGGGUGGCGGCGCCGGCGCAGCGCUGCAGCCUGCGGUCGUGCGCCUGUGUGUCGUCAGCGCGGGGCCGCUGCGCACACGCGUGCUUGUGCUGGCGGCGGCCGCGGCGGCGGCCGAGGUGCGUGCUGGCGGCAUCGUGACCUCUGGAACCGGCAUGAUGGCGGCGGCGGUCCUGAAAGAGGUGCCGGUGGUGCUGCACAGCGGGGUGCAGGACAUCGAGCUGGAUCUCGCAGACGUGGUCCAGGGCCUGGUGGACGACGCCACCGCGCCGGCUGCAGGGCCUGGCGGCGGCGGCCACCUGGGCGCCUGCUCGCUGCAGCUGGUGCUGACUGCCCCGCAGCACCCUGAGCAGCAGUGGGCGGCGGCGGCGGCGGACGCAUCUGUAGCUGCGGCGGGCGAGGGUGAGGUGAUCGCGGAAGGCGCAGUGCGGAGAGGGGAGGAGCUGCUGGUGGGCGCGGCGGACACCAGCCGGCCGGCUCAGCCGCGGGGGCCGGCGCUGCAACAGCCGGCGCACCGCGGCCCCGGGUCCGCCCACGCGGGUUUAGCUGCACUAGCUGGUGUUACAGCAUCAGGCGGUGGGAUAGUCCAUGCUGGCUCACUUGGGCGCUGGGACGCCGCGGCGGUGGAUGGCCACGCGGGAGAGUGGGCGGUUCUGGCCUCCGAGGAUGACGGGUCAGACAUGGCUCUCCCGUUUGUGGACAGCGUCGUGAACGGCAGCUCCCUCCACGCACACGGCCUCGCGCUCAUGCAGCAGCUGCCGUCGGGAGCAUUGCCACCGCUGCCUGCUGCAGCGCGGGAGGAGCAGGCACCCCCUCUCCCGGGGGCCUCUGGCGCUGGUGCUGGCUCGGCCUUGCAGCCGCGGCAGCUCGCGCCAGCAAUGGCGGAGCUGAUGGCUGCAGGUGCCCGUGUCGGAGUCCGGGGCGGCGGCGCGGCCUCGCCGGCGGCUGCCUCCUCCGCCGACUCCUCUCAGGCCGCGGCCAUGUCGCUCACCAGCCAUCAUCUCGAGCCAGGUGCAGGAGCGGCAGCGGUAGCGUCCGCUGGUGCUGCGGCCGCGGCGGCGGCCGCAGCGGCGGCGCAGCCGCUAGUGCACUUCUUCGCGCCGCUGCUGGUGCUGCCCGCGGACGCUGCGGCUGAGGUCAACGGGCUGUGGGCCUCCUUCAGCGGCGCCGCCGCCGCGCCGCUGGGCGAGCUGCAGAACGCGGUCCAGGCGGCGGCGGCGGACAUUGCCGAGAUGCUGGUGGAUGUGAACGCGGAGGCCUUCGCGCGCCGGCUGGCCGCCUCCAAUGGAAGUGACGGCGGCGGCAUCAUGGGCACACGCGGCAGUAGCUUCAGCCUUGGCAGCAGCAGCGACCGGAGCGAGGACGACGGCGGCUGGCGCCCGGACGCGCGGCGGCGGCUGGCGCCGCCUUUGGACGUCGUGCCUGGGGCGGCCGCCGCCGCCGUGGCGGCGGGGGCUGCGGCAGAAGCUGACCUGGGCGGGGCAGAGCUGCACGCAGCCGCAUUGGGUGAGGCGUGGACGGUAGACAUGGAGCCCCUGAUUGAGGACAUCGCAGCGCUGCUGGAGCUGAACGCGAUGCCGGUGCCGGCGCAAGAGGCCGGUCGCGCGGUGACCAGAGCCGUAGCUGCGGCGGCGGCGGCAGCGGCGGCGGCUGGAGGAGGACGCGGCGCCGGCGGCGGCGCGGCUGUGGAUGUGGUCGGCGUUACCCAGGGCCUGCCAAGCGGCGCUGCCGGGGACGCCGCGCAUGUGGGCUGCAACGACGCAAGCAGCACUUGCGGAAUCUGCCCCGCAAGUGCGUGUGACGAAGACAGCGGCAGCCGCACCCGGACCCUCAGCAGCGGCUGUCUCAGCAGCCGCGCCGCAUCACCCCCCAGGACCUCGGUCCAAACCUCUGCUGCUCCUGCUGCUGUUCCUGCUGCCGCUGGUCCUGCUGGGAAGCGGCCCAGUGGCGCUGACAGCGGCGCUCGUGCUGGUGCCGCAGGUGCCAGCGCCAGCUCAAGCGCUUCGGCGGCCCCCGCCCCUGCCAGCUUCUCAGCUGCUGAGCGGCGCCUGGCCAAGGGCCUCGCCGCAUCGCUGCUGCCUCACCUGCGCGAAACCGGCAUGCCCGCAACCUCCCGGGUGGUGACGGCGGCCGCGGUGCACGUGCUGGGACAGCAGGCGGUGGACGCAAUGCUGGUGGCGGCGGCGCCAUCGGUAGUCGCAGCACCUGCAGAUUCCGGGCUGCUGGCCGGAGCAGCAACCGCCGCGGCGCCUGCUGCAGGUGCGGCCGCGCAGGAGCCGGUGGGGCUGCGGCAGUUGCAGAUGCAGGGAGACGCGGCACGUAACAAGGAAGCGAGUGGUGCGAAGCUGGAGUCGCACGUGGCAGGGAAGGAAGCUGCGUGUACGGGAUGCUACGACACACCUGCGACGGGCACGGCAGCCCCCGGCGGAAAGCAGCCACACCAACAGCAGCAGCUGCUGCUGCCCUUGUUGGCAGAGGACUUCCGUGCGUGGCGCGUGGCGGAGCUGCUGCGCGGUGCCGGUGGCCGCGCGCGCAUGUGCCUGGUCAUGGGCCUGGCGUCGAGCGUGCAGUCCCUUCCGGCGAUCGCGCGCGGCGAGGAGUCAGCGAUGAAGCUAGUCCUGCUGGCCCUUUUCAUCCUUGCGGAGGUCUUGGGCAACCUGUGCAUUGCGGUGGGCGCGAAAAUCAUGAUUAACCCGCGGCCUGCGGCGGAGCGGCGCAUCGCGCCCACGCGGGCGGGGCCCGCGCCACCCAGCGCGGCGGCGACGGGCAGCAGUGAGGCGCAAGGCUGCAGUGUUGGGAGCAGCGGGGGCGGCAGCACAGCAGCAGCUGGCGCCGGCGGCUUGGGGGCUGUGGGUGAUCGGGUGCAGAUGCAGCGAGCUACGCUGCAGAUUCUAGCAUCGGUGUAUGACUGGGCGACGCUGGUGGGCAUCCCGCUGCUGCUAUUUUUAUGCUCGUUGAUUAUGCAUUUCGGCUGGAUCCGUCCGUUUGACCACUUCACGGGGCCCAGUCGCCUUCUGGCAAUCAUUUUGUACCGCGGUAUGUGGCAGGCGUACUCGCAUCCGAUCCUCCUGCGCCAUGCGCUCUGCAUUUCGGUGGUCAUGUCGUUCCUUGAUAUUGUCAUUUACCGCUACACGUGUCCUGUGGCGUGGCCUGUUGGAGUCCUCAUGGCCAGUGCCGUGACGCGCAUCCUGUUCUGCGGCACAUGCGCCUUGCUUGAGUGGCGGGCGCGCCGGCGCUUUUAUGCUGCCCGUGCGCAGUCUGCCCUGCGUCGUCCAAAGGUCGCCCCCCAGUAAAAUUGCACGACGUUCAGCGCUGGAUUGAGUCGAAUCCUCGUGUCCCUACACAUGCUAUGCCAUGGCUCUUUCCAUGUCCGCUCGAUGUUUGCGCAGCUUUGUUCCUGCAAAUGGCUGCCAGUGCCAAAGAUGUUAAAGGGCCGGCGCCGAUCCGUGCUUUGGGUACCACAACGGCAUGGAGAUGCGAACAAUUCUUAAUAGAUGAAAUGCCAUAUGAGACGAGGAGGGAGCUCGGAGUAAUGGCAAAAGGGCCUGAGUUGAUGGAGGAUGCAAGCUGCGGAUGGAGUGGCAGGGCAUUCGCCUUAGCUUACCCACACCUUGCAGGCCUUGCUUGUGGCUGUUGAGGCCAACAAUAUGUGCGUGUGGCUUUAUAAACGCCAGGGUCCGCCUCGUGACGGCGCGGGCAGGGAUGAAGGGGUCUGGUCACGUCCGUGUGGUGAAGAAGGGCUGUGCGGGCAGUGGAAGAGGUUGACGGUGGGUGACGGUGAAUGAUGGUAAAAUUUGAAGUCAUGUGCCACAGUUUAGGGUUUUAUCAUAUACAUACAACGGCUCAUCCGAAGCCCACUCCUCUUUCGGAGUUUCCUUAGGGGUUGACUGGGUUAGGUAGAGCCUCUUGAUCGCAAAUAGGCGGCGGGUCACAACAGCCGGAGCGAUAGGUGAAUUUGCGAGCCCAUGGACUGUUGACAGUCGCGAGGUCGCAAGCAAAGCGCCCGAGGCGGCGCAGGAGUGCAGGACCUGGCAGCGGCGCAGGGCCUGGGCCCAGCAGUGGCAACGUGCAUGUGCGUGGCAGAGGGGCAGGCAAGGCCACGUGGAGGAGGAGAAGCGGUACCGGCGCGCAGGUUGAGGCCUGCCGGCGAGUAUAGCGUGGCACACUAUGUGGUAGGCCGCAGCCGUGAGGAGUGUUGGGGCUCGAGGAUUUCCUGCGCUUUGGUUGUCCUGUGCUGGCUGUGCUUGUGCUUGAUAGCUGGACGCGACUGGACACAUUGCGGGCCGUGUCUGUACACACCGACCCCGGCUGUAGAGAAAGGUGGCGGGCGCACACGGAGAUGAGGUAGACGCUUGCAGCCUCAGACUGGAGAGGUGGCGUGGGCUUAGCCCACUUGUCCCUUGCGGUGUAGGAUCUGCUCGAUGGUGCGGUGGGAACGCUCGGUCUGGCCGUCGGUCUGGGGGUGGUGGGAGGUGGAGACGUUGAGGGAAGUGCCGAGGUGACGCCAGAACGUUUGCCAAACGUCGGACAUGAAGCUGGGGUAUCUUG